CACACGACGCGCCGCGCGCGUUCGCCCCGCGGCACAACCGGCACCAUCACGCACGGCGCGCUAGUAUACGGCGGGGUCGGCGGCCCCGGGCUCUGCCCGCCGAGGGGCCCUGACCUCCCGCCACUGGAGCUCGGCUUCCGCGGAAGCUGGAGGGAUGACGAACUCCUGCCCUCUACUCCCGCGAGCCAGGCCGCCUCGACCCAGAGCGGUAGCUCCGCGACGGAUAAAGGACAGAAUGUGGAAUGCGUCGUUUGUGGAGACAAGUCUUCUGGGAAGCACUACGGCCAGUUCACUUGUGAGGGAUGCAAAUCCUUCUUCAAGCGGUCAGUGAGAAGGAACCUGACGUACUCCUGUCGAGGAAACAGGAACUGUCCCAUCGACCAGCACCACAGGAACCAGUGCCAGUACUGCAGGCUCAGAAAAUGCCUCAAGAUGGGCAUGAGACGAGAAGCUGUUCAGAGAGGCCGAGUGCCGCCGACGCAGCCCUCCGGCCUCGCGCUGCCCGGCCAGUUCGCCCUCGCCAACGGCGACCCCGCCGGCGGCCUCAACAGCCACCCCUAUCUCUCCUCCUACAUCUCCCUGCUGCUGCGAGCGGAACCCUACCCAACGUCAAGAUACGGCCAAUGCGUCCAACCCACCAACGUCAUGGGAAUAGACAAUAUCUGCGAACUAGCUGCAAGAUUACUCUUCUCCGCUGUCGAAUGGGCGCGGAAUAUACCCUUCUUCCCCGACCUUCAAGUCACUGAUCAAGUGGCGUUACUCCGGCUCGUGUGGUCGGAACUCUUCGUUCUGAACGCGUCCCAGUGUUCCAUGCCCCUACACGUGGCUCCGUUACUGGCGGCCGCGGGUCUCCACGCGUCACCCAUGGCGGCGGACCGAGUGGUCGCCUUCAUGGACCACAUCCGCAUCUUCCAAGAGCAAGUGGAGAAGCUGAAAGCGCUCCACGUCGACUCGGCGGAGUACUCCUGUCUGAAGGCCAUCGUCCUCUUCACGACAGAUGCCUGCGGCCUGUCGGACGUGUCCCACAUAGAGAGUUUACAAGAAAAGUCUCAGUGCGCCCUCGAAGAGUACUGCAGAAGUCAAUACCCGAACCAGCCCACAAGGUUCGGGAAACUCUUACUCCGACUGCCCUCGCUCCGAACCGUCAGCUCCCAAGUCAUUGAGCAACUGUUCUUCGUGAGGCUCGUAGGGAAGACGCCCAUAGAAACCUUGAUCAGGGAUAUGCUGCUGUCAGGGAGCUCGUUCUCCUGGCCUUACAUGGCGAGUAUGUGACACACGAUGUGGAGACAGCUGGCGGCCGCCUGAUCCUCGCCGUACGGCUUCCCGCCGUACUUGCCCAGCCAGCGGUUCGAUCCGUUCCAACGAUUCCAGCGAGAAGUCCCCGAAGACGCCGUCACCAGCUCCAGCGAGCUCCAAGAGUCAGAAGAAUACUUCGGAUCCAGGAGCAGGGACAGCGAGCGAACUGAAUGCCCAACCUUCGAUCCCAUAUCAGCUUUCUACCCCCCGAAAACGACUGAGAGCCUGCAGGAUUUUGAGACGCAAAGUGACACUCAGAAGAACGCUAAGACUUCCAUGAUGAUAGACAACCUGCUAAAUCUACGGCCCGAACCGUGCGACAUGAAAUGAACGUUUAGUGGUCUAAUAGUUCAAGUUUUUUUGUUCCUCUGUAAAAAUACUUAGGUUUUUAACUGUACAUAAAAUGUUUUAUUGUAAUAUAGUUAUGAUAAGGUGCGAAAGGCAUAGAAGUUUUCUACGAUGUUUGUGAUAGGUCGGAGGAAUCCUUUUUAUUAUCCAUUGCGUUGAAUGGUCCUUGUAUAAUAUGCGAGCGCCU